UUUAUAUAGCACGAGAAUAUUCGAGUCAUUGAAAUUUAAACAAAGCUUUUCUCAACAGCUUUAUGAGCAAAGAGAUUCUUACUAGUAAAAUUAUUCAUUUCAUUUUUAAUUGACAAUUUUAUAUAUUUAUGGAGUACAAUGUGAUUUCUAAAUAUAUGUUUCCACUGUGGAAUGGUUAAAUCAAGCUAACUAACAAAUCUAUCACUAUCACAUACUUUUUUGUGGGAAAAUAUUUAAAAUAUAUUAUUUUAGCAAUUUUGUUCGAUGGCAACAUUCUUUUAUGGAGUGAAUUUUAUCUGUUUUUCUUGUUUAUUUACCUCUUUUUCCUUGUAGAAUCCAUGUUUAUAUGCUAUGCAGGUUUGUUUGAAUCCUUAAAUGAAGUGAGUUUUUGCCAAACUAGAUAUUCACAAUACGCCGUACCUUGCAAGGCUAAGACAUGUUUCAGACGAGCAGGAACCUAUCUUGUGAUUCAAAAUUGGAAGUCAAUUAUUUUAGCUUUUACUGGUCUGUAAUGAAUACAGACAGGUAACUAGAACUGUUAGAAAAAACUGUAUUUUUUUCUAAUUUUUGCCUCCAGUCUUAUGCUUUAUCUAUACCCUGUGAACUUAAGUCUUCUUUUUUGCCUUUUCUCUGCCUCUUGAGCCCAGUCCGGAUCACAGAAGAUUGCAGUGCCAUGCUUUGCACCACACACCCAUUACUGCAAACAGGGGCUUUUUGGUUUUUAUUGAUUACCUUCCCUAACUCACCCUUUGCUUUUAAGAGAAGUGUAUUCAUUUAACUCUCCUACAGCCAUGGAGUUCCUCUCUCUGCUUCCUGUCACUUUCCUAUUUGAUCUUACCUGUUCUUGAAACCAUCCAAUCUAGUUUACGGAUCGGGGUUGUGGAUAUUUACUAAUUUCUUUGAAGAUAGAAUCUGUGUGUUUAUUUUCCUGCUUGCUUUGGAAAGAGAUGAAUUCUUAGAAGAGAAAGUUUUGGAUGUACUCGGCCAUGUUCAAAGCAGAAGUACGCUUCACUUAUUUUUCCCAAGGGUUUUGUCUUUCAUAAUCUUUACAAACAGGUUCUUGCAGCUGGGGGGUGGGUUCAGGUAGGGAGGCCCAGAGUGGUCAUGUCACCUGUUCUUACACCUGCAGAUAAAGUAAACUUAUUCAGGUAGACGUAGUGAAAGAGUAAAUAAGUGUAGUGUGGCCUAAGGAGCGGAACCCUCCUUGCUUGUGCAGAGGGAACACAGCAGAGGGCUGGGCAAGUAGAGGAGGUCUGUUUCUUUUUUCUGAAUGAAUCAAUUAAUUGAGAGGAUGGAUUCUUUUCCUCCUUGGAUGUUUCUUUGCAGGAACUCAUGCAGCCAGAAUCUGGGGCCAAUGGAACGGCCAUUGCUGAGUUCAUCCUGCUGGGCUUGGCGGAGGCACCAGGGCUGCAACCAGUUGUCUUUCUGCUCUUCCUCUUUGCCUACCUGGUCACGGUCGGGGGCAACCUCAGCAUCCUGGCAGCCAUCUUGGUGGAGCCCAAACUCCACAUCCCCAUGUACUUCUUCCUGGGGAACCUGUCAGUGCUGGAUGUUGGGUGCAUCAGCGUCACUGUUCCCUCUGUAUUGAGUCGUCUCUUGACCCACAGGCGUGCAGUUCCCUACGGAGCCUGCCUUGCCCAGCUCUUCUUCUUCCAUCUGUUCGUUGGAGUGGACUGCUUCCUGCUGACCGCCAUGGCCUAUGACCGAUUCCUGGCCAUCUGCCGGCCCCUCACCUACAGCACCCGCAUGAGUCAGACAGUCCAGAGGAUGUUGGUGGCUGUGUCCUGGGUUUGUGCUUUCAGCAAUGCACUGACCCACACUGUGGCCAUGUCCACGCUCAACUUCUGUGGCCCCAAUGUGAUCCAUCACUUCUACUGUGACCUCCCGCAGCUCUUCCAGCUCUCCUGCUCCAGCACCCAACUCAAUGAGCUGCUGCUUUUUGCUGUGGGUUUUCUAAUGGCGGGUACCCCCAUGGCUCUCAUUGUCAUCUCCUAUAUCCAUGUGGCAGCUGCGGUCCUGCGAAUUCGCUCUGCAGAGGGCAGGAAAAAAGCCUUCUCAACGUGUGGCUCCCACCUCACUGUGGUUGCCAUAUUCUAUGGUUCAGGUAUCUUUAACUACAUGCGACUAGGUUCAACCAAGCUUUCAGACAAGGACAAAGCUGUUGGGAUUUUCAACACUGUCAUCAACCCCAUGCUGAACCCAAUCAUCUACAGCCUCAGAAACCCUGACGUGCAGAGUGCCCUCUGGAGGAUGCUCGUGGGGAGGCGGGCACUGGCUUGAGGAGGGCACUGGCUUGACUCUUUCUCCCUGUGUCUUUUUGUGCUAAAGGAAAAAUCUUCUAGAGCCAGAAACCAGGAAAAACAUGGUUCAGACCUGUUUCUAUCUCCCUGGGCAUAAGAAGGACUUUUUGUAGGGAAGAAUAGCUAUCAUUUCUUAAAGCAGCCCUGCCCAGUUAUAGGCAGUGGGUGUAGAGGUUCUGCCAAGCCAGCCCCUUAGACAAAUUACAACUUCAGGAACUGUGUUCUCCCCUUUCUGGCUAGAGGGGAAACCUGGGAAGCUGUGAAUGCUUACAGGCUCCAAGAGGGAAUGACUCGCUGGUUGGAUACAGCUUGGUUUCCCAGAAGCACCCCAGAAAACUUCCCCCACCCCAAAGUCAUCUUUUUCCCUCAAGUUCAGGUAUGCUUGGUCUGUGUAUACAUCAUAGGUCUAGAGAUUAGGAUUGUUUUAUUUCUCCCAUCAGAACACUAUAAGCAAAAAUGUAACAAACAGAAACAAAAAAAAAAGUAGCUCUUUCUAUUCCCAUUAAACAAAGAUCCCAUAGCAUCUCCAGGGGACAGAGGGGAAGCUGUAUGAUGAUGUGUCCUCUAGUAAUUCUGGUGCACACGAGAGCUGUGUGCAGCUCAUAGACUUGUUUCUAAAGGUUCAA